AUGAGUCUCGCGCGGCUGUCCCGAGCUGCACGCGGUGUGGGCCCACGUCCCUCUCUGGCUGGUAGUGUUCUUGCUCGUGCUCCCCUACGAUUCAUGACCACCAGCAGCGUUGCUAUGAAGGGGGUAGCGCCACCGUCGCUCGCUGCUACGUCGCAGGUGCCAGCGCCUGCGCCGCUGCGUCUCACGCCACCCACGCCCGAAGAGGAAGCGGCGUUGUUUGAAGAGGCUGUGAAGGAUGUAGAAAAUUGGCUGGCUAGCCCACGUUUCAAGGGGAUCCAGCGCCCUUACACCGCGCGUGAUAUCGUGUCGAAGCGUGGCUCCUUCUCGGUGCAGCCACCCGCCUCGUCGCUGACCGCCGACAAGCUGUUUGCUUUGUUCACCAAGCAUGCGGAAAACCAAACGGUGGCUCACACGAUGGGUGCCAUCGACCCUGUACAGAUGACACAGAUGGUGCGCGACCAGGAGGUAAUCUAUGUGUCGGGUUGGGCAUGCUCGUCCGUCCUUACGACGUGCAACAAUGAAGUCGGUCCCGAUCUGGCUGACUACCCGUACACCACAGUCCCGAAUCAGGUGCAGCGUAUUUUCAAGGCGCAGCUGCACCAUGACCGUAAGCACUUUGACGAGCGCUGCCACAUGUCGGCAGAGCAGCGAUCGAAGACACCGUAUGUCGACUACUUGCGCCCUAUUAUCGCCGACGGUGACACAGGUCACGGUGGUCUGAGCAGUGUGUACCGCCUGGCCAAGCUGUUCGCCGAGCAGGGCGCCGCGGCGAUUCACUUGGAGGACCAACUGCAUGGCGGUAAGAAGUGUGGUCACCAGGCCGGCAAAGUGCUCGUGCCGACUUCAGAGCAUGUAAACCGCUUGGUCACCACGCGUUUUGCCUGGGAUGUGCUGGGCUCGGCCAACCUGCUUAUUGCCCGCACGGAUUCGGAGUCUGCGAAGCUGAUUUCGUCGAACAUUGAUGUGCGCGACCAUGAAUUUAUCAAGGGUGCCUACAAUCUCCCGCCGGGUACCAAGUCGCUCGCUGAAACGCUUGCGGAGAAGGAGGCGCAGGGCGUGUUUGGUGCGGAACUGGACAAUGUGGAGCGUGAGUGGAUGGAGAGCACGAUGCUCAUUACGUUCAACGAGGCUGUGGCGAACCACAAUGCGUCGAACCCGACGCGUCUCGAAGAGUACGACCGACGCGUAGAAGGCGGUGUAUCGAACGACGAGGCCCGCCGCAUUGCGCGUGAGAUCUUUGGCGAGGAAGGUGUGCCGUCCUGGGACUGGGACGCGCCGCGGACCAAGGAGGGCUACUACCACUUCAAGGGUGGCAUGUCGGCGGCGAUCAAGCGUGUCAAGACCUUUGCGCCAUAUGCGGACCUUCUGUGGCUGGAGACCAAGACGCCGGAUCUGGUCCAGGCGCAAGGCUUUGCGGCCAAGGUGCACGAGGACUUCCCUGGCAAGUGGAUGGUGUACAACCUGAGCCCCUCGUUCAACUGGAGCGCUCAUGGCUUCAGCAAUGAGGACUUGCGCAACUUUGUGUGGGACCUGGCCCGUGCUGGCUUUGUGCUGCAGCUGAUUUCUUUGGCCGGUCUGCACUCGGUCGGUAUGACGACGUGCGAGUUGAGCCGUGCGUUUGCCAAGGACGGCAUGCUGGCGUACGUCGAGCUGAUUCAGCGCAAGGAAAAGGAGCUGGGUGCGGAUAUCCUAACCCACCAAAAGUGGAGUGGUGCGCAAUACAUUGACCGUAUUCUUCAGACAGUGAGCAGCGGCACGUCGAGUACGAGCAGUAUGGGCGCGGAUAGCACCGAGCACUCUUUCUAA